AAGGGUUUUUUCUCAUAGCCUCGGCUUCCUCUUUCUCUUUUGCAGACAGAGAGGGAAAAACCAAAACCCCUCUCCUUCUUUUUAUCCCAAAUUAUUUAAAAAUAAUCUUAAAUUUUAAAACCCUGCAAUUGAAGUUUGAGUUAUGCAGGCAGAUCAGACGGUGAUAAGCUUGAGACCAGGAGGAGGAGGUGGCAGUAGUGCUACCCGUGGCACCAGAUUCUUCACCCCUCGCCUUGACUCUGCUUCUCUUUCUGAUGCUUCUCAAUCCUUUUCCUCUUUCCAGACUGGUGACUUGCGGUUUGAAGACCAUGAGCGCAUUCGCUACACGCGAAACCAGCUGCUGCAGUUUAAAGAGAUUGAAAACGUUCCAGAGGAUAUUCUGAAGAUCAGACAAGAAAUUGAGUCCGAGUUUGUUGGUGACGAUCAAAUUUGGAGCCGUGCAGAUGGCAGCCCUCAAUCUCAAAGUCGUUAUUCUGAGCCAGACAAGCGUGAUUGGCGUGAUAGGUCAGGAGCAUUUGGAGAGGAAAAAUCUUUGGAAGCAAUUCGAGGAAAUAAGGAGUUCUCCAAUCGGCAAGACCAGCUAAACUCCCAGUUUGCGAGGGCUCAAAUCACUGCUAAUAAAGGGGUAGGGCCUGCUCCUGCUCUGAUCAAGGCUGAAGUGCCAUGGUCAGCUCGAAGAGGGACUCUCUCUGAGGAGGAACGUGUCUUGAAGACAGUGAAAGGUAUAUUAAACAAAUUGACACCAGAGAAGUUUGAUGUUCUCAAGGGGCAACUGAUUGAUUCUGGAAUCACAACACCUGAUAUUUUAAAGGGUGUUAUCUCACUAAUAUUUGACAAGGCAGUCCUGGAGCCAACAUUCUGUCCCAUGUAUGCUCUUUUAUGCUCUGACCUUAACGAGAAGCUCCAUCCAUUCCCAUCUGAUGAGCCUGGUGGGAAAGAAAUCACUUUUAAGCGGAUUCUUUUGAACAAUUGCCAGGAGGCAUUUGAAGGUGAUGACAAUCUGAGGGCAGAUAUUAGCAAGCUGACUGCUCCUGAACAAGAAAUGGAACGCAGGGAUAAGGAACGAUUGGUUAGGCUGCGAACUCUUGGGAACAUGCGCCUUAUUGGGGAACUUUUGAAGCAGAAGAUGGUGCCUGAAAAGAUUGUCCAUCAUAUUGUUCAGGAACUAUUGGGGGAUGACAAUAAGACAUGCCCAGCUGAAGAGAAUGUCGAGGCAAUAUGCCAAUUUUUUAACACCAUAGGCAAGCAACUAGAUAAAAAUCCAAAAGCUCGGCAAGUUAAUGAUGUAUAUUUCAGCAGGCUGAAGGAGCUGACAACAAAUCCACAACUUGCACCACGGUUUAGGUUCGUGGUUCGUGAUGUUCUUGAUCUCCGGGCCAACAGCUGGGUUCCUAGGCGUGAAGAGGUUAAAGCAAAGACAAUCUCUGAAAUCCAUUCAGAAGCAGAGAAGAAUCUUGGAUUGCGUCCAGGUGCAACUGCAGUCAUGAGAAAUGGUCGUAAUGCUACUGCAUUUGGGGGUGUGGGUCCUGGUGGUUUCCCCAUUGGCAGGCCUGGUGCAGGGGGUAUGAUGCCUGGAAUGCCUGGGAUGAUGAAAAUGCCUGGAAUGCCCGGGCUUGAUUCUGACAACUGGGAAGUUCCUCGAACUCGAACAAUGCCAAGGGGAAAUAAUUUUGGCUCAACCCAGUCCACUGGGCGUAUCCCCACUUCCUUGAUCAACAAAUCACCAUCGAUUAAUGCAAGACUUUUACCCCAGGGAAGUGGUGGUGUCAUAGAUGGGAAUACACACUCCUUAUUGCAGGGUGGUGGCACUCCUUCCCGACCUGGUUUUGAUACAAGAACUGAACUUGUAGGUCAAACUCCUCAGCCUGUUGCUCCAACUGUGCCAACAAUUCCUUCUCCUCAGAAGCCACUAGCUCCUACUACAAGGUCAAAUCCUGAAGAUCUUCGCAGAAAAACCAUUUCUCUGCUGGAAGAAUAUUUCAGUGUUCGAAUUCUAGAUGAAGCACUGCAAUGUGUGGAGGAGUUGAAAGAUCCAGCUUUUCACCCUGAGGUUGCUAAAGAAGCUAUUGCCCUUGCACUGGAGAAGAGCCCACCAUGUGUGGGACCUGUCAUAAAGCUUCUUGAAUUCUUGCUCACUAAAAAUGUCAUAACAGCUAGAGAUAUUGGAACUGGUUGCCUUCUUUAUGGAUCCUUGUUGGAUGAUAUUGGCAUUGAUUUACCCAAAGCACCAAAUAACUUUGGCGAGAUUCUUGGGAACUUGGUCGUGGUCCAGGGUCUGGACUUUGAGGUCAUGAAGGAACUUCUGGAGAAGGUGGAAGAUAACAGGUUCAGGAAAGCCAUCUUUGACUGUGCCAUGAAGAGCAUCAAUUCAAACCCUUCAGGGCAAGAAGUGUUGGCAACACAGGGUUCUAAUAUUCAGGCGUGUGAGAGUUUGUUCUCUUAAUUAGGGCAAGGUGCUCGUUAGCUUUAAAUGGGAAGCUGUGCAGCUUUGUGGAACCUACGAAACCAAACCAUUCUGCCCGUUUGCUUUCCAAAAUUCACUGAAACUUUCCCGAUAUUAAAGAUUACCGCAUAUCAGAAGCAGACCAGGAAGAACAACAGAUAGUUUAAUUGAGUUGUACAUUUUCCAUGGUUUUCUCAUGAUAUUUGCUUGUUAUGUUAGAAGCAUAAAACGUCUGUAUUUCUCGAGUGCCCAAUAAGUCUCCCCCGGGACAUUCGAGAUCAAAAAAAGACUUUCACAUUUUCCAGUUUCUUACAUUAGAUUUCAAGUCAUGUACCACAGUUGAAAAUUUUGAUACUUGCCCAUUUAAGGGGCCCAAUUUUCUUCAUAAAUGAUGUUUUUUUUCC